GUUCAUGAGCCCCGCUGCCGUCGCCUCGCCCAGCGAUGCACAAGAUUGUCCCCCGAGCCGCCUCCUUCCUUGACGCCGCCGCAGCCCGGCCGCUGCUGCCCUCCUCCCCCAUGCCCGCGCUCCGCCUGGCCGGUCCGCUCCUGGGCACGCGCUCCAACCCAGUCGCUACCCGCCUACGCCCGCGGUCGUGGCCCCGCUGCGGCGGUGGCGGCGCGGUCGGGAGGAGAGGGAUCUGCUGCUCCGCUGACGAAGCGGGGCGCGGGGACGAUGCAAAGGAGGUAGAUGGGGGUCGUAUUUCGCCCGAGAGGAGGCAGAGAGGCCGGGGCGAUGCGGCGACGGGGAGCGGGGAGCUGCUCGCCAUUCCUGGGGUCGGGCCGCGGAACCAGAGGAAGCUCGUGGAGAAGGGGUUCGAUGGCGUCGCGCAGCUCAAGCAGCUCUAUCGGGAUAAGUUUUUUGGCAAGUCUAAUGAGAAAAUGGUUGAAUUCUUGCAAAGUUCAGUUGGCAUCAUACACAAGAACCAUGCUGAGAGUAUAACUGUGUUCAUUAAAGAGAGUGUUGAUGAGGAGGUGAAAGAUACUGACACAUCUAAGCCUUGCAGAAGUAAGAGGCUGACCUUUUGUGUUGAAGGGAAUAUCAGUGUUGGGAAAUCUACUUUCCUUCAAAGAAUAGCCAAUGAGACUAUCGAACUGCGUGACCUUGUGGAAAUAGUACCUGAACCUGUUGGUAAGUGGCAGGAUGUUGGUCCUGACCACUUUAACAUACUUGAUGCUUUCUAUGCUGAACCGCAGAGGUAUGCAUACACUUUCCAGAAUUACGUCUUUGUGACGAGGCUCAUGCAAGAGAAGGAGUCUUCAAGUGGGAUAAAGCCUCUCCGACUGAUGGAAAGAAGUGUUUUCAGUGAUAGAAUGGUUUUUGUUCGUGCUGUUCAUGAAGCUAAGUGGAUGAACGAGAUGGAAAUCAGCAUCUAUGACUCCUGGUUCGACCCAGUUGUGUCAUCUCUACCGGGUCUUAUCCCUGAUGGUUUUAUUUAUCUAAGAGCUAGCCCUGACACCUGCCACAAAAGAAUGAUGGUUCGGAAAAGAGCAGAGGAGGGUGGUGUUAGUCUUGAUUACCUUCAAGGUUUGCACGAGAAACAUGAAAGCUGGCUUCUUCCUUCCAAAGGACAAGGCUCCGGUUUGUUGUCAGUCAGUCAGCUUCCAAUGCAUAUGGAGGGUUCCUUACAUCCGGAAAUACGAGAUCGAGUCUUCUUCUUGGAAGGAGAUCAUAUGCAUUCUAGUAUACAGAAGGUACCUGCUCUGGUCCUUGACUGCGAAAACGACAUUGAUUUUAACAAGGAUAUUGAAGCUAAACAACAAUAUGCUCGGCAAGUUGCGGAGUUCUUUGAAUUUGUGAAGAAAAAGAAUGAAUCUGCAUCUGCGGAGACAAGUGGUGGUGCUAAGAGUAUAAGCCAACAGAUUGUGCUUCCUGGCGGAGGUGAUUUGUGGGUCCCUAGACCUGGAGGCAGCCCUUUACCAAAAUCUGCUCUAGAAUCUCUUGAAUCUAAAUUUAGACGAGCGAUGUCUUCCUUUUUCUCAAAGUAGGAGCAAACAUCCCAUAUGCAACCAUCAUGUUCUGCCCACGAUAUGGUGUCUUAUAAAAUCUGCUUGGUUCAUCUUCUGGAUCUAAAAGUACGACCUCUUGACUGGCUACCGACCUUAUAAAAAUGUUGUAUAAUCCCAAAAUGUAGGUUGCAGUGCUAGCAGACCUUAUAGUGCUAGCAGUGCUGUACGAUAUAGUAUCUAACUUUGUGUGCCUGUAAAUUAUGAUCUGACUACUUGUUUCAUGCAUGGUACCAGUUAGUAGCAUCAAAAAGUAAAAUAUAUUGUGUCUAUCUGCA